AUGAGCGGGUACGGAGGCGAGCAACAUUCCGAACCGUUGCAGAAGCCCCUAACCAUCUGGUUCGGGGCCACCAUGCUCAGUGCCUGGACGGGCUCAUUCUGCAUGGGCAUUACGCUCGGCUACACCUCGCCAGCAACCGACAGCCUUUCAACGAGCACUGGGGAGAACGCUGACGAUCUCCGCUCUGUGUCCUACUCCGCCUGGUUCGGAUUCCUGUUGCCGGUGGGUGCAGUGUUUGGAUCAGUCGCAUCGGCGUACGUCUGCCAACACAUGGGUCGCCGGUUCGCGCUCUUGCUGAGCGCACUCAUCUUCAUGCUUGGCUACGCGACGCUCUUCGCUGCCAGCUGGUCCACUCUCAUCCUGUGCGGCCGCUUCUUGACAGGACUAGCCACCGGCAUGGUGUCCCUCUGCGUGCCAACCUACAUCGCCGAAGUAACGCUGCCUGCGUACCGAGGGACCAUGGUAUAUUGCUUUUGCUCUCUGCCCUCAGCGAACACCCAAUGA